GAAGUUCAACUCAUGCUAUCAAACAGUAGAUGAUCGUACUUUGGUAGAUCAUCUUGGAUAUAUAUACUGUACAAUAUCGACCAACGGUUUCUUAUUUAUUAAACUAUAGAAAAAAAUGUUACUUUGCCUGUUACUAAUUGUGGCAUCGCCGUUUCUUAUCACCGCAUUUCCACAAAAUACAGGCGUAUCUACAGAAACGGUUCAAGUAGAUGGUUUUAUCUUCGAUGGUCCAGUAGCUACAAGGUCACCCAAUGAACAAAGAGUUAGUUCUACAACCUCCACAACAACUGCGGCAUCUACGACUUCUCUAUCUAUUGACGAUUAUAAUGCUUGCGUGAAUAGGUGCCAGGUAACACCCGAAUAUAAUCCUGUUUGUGGUUCAGACAACAUUGAUUACACUAAUCCCGGGGGAUUAGGCUGCGCGAAAAUAUGUGGAAAAGAUGUGACAUUGGCCUAUUAUGGACGCUGCUCAACAGGUUAAAUUAAAUAAUUUAUAAACUUCAUUAUGUAACUAAUAAUAAUAAAAAAUGUUUUAAUGAGAAUAAAAGGCAAAUAGAAAAAAAAAAUUAAAAUAUUUAUAC